AUGCCUUUUGUCGAGAGCCCACCUAGUCCCAAAUUGAAGAUCGCCAUAGAUCGUGGCGGCACCUUCACAGAUUGUCUCGGUAUUGUGCCUGGGAGGCCAGACAUUCUCAUCAAACUUCUAAGUCACGACCCUGCAAACUACGAUGACGCUCCUACCGAGGGCAUCCGGAGGAUCCUGGAGAUUGCGACUGGCGCUUCCCUGCCGCGGGGCCAAAAGAUUGACACCAGCGGCAUCGAGUCCAUCAAGAUGGGAACCACGGUAGCCACCAAUGCGCUACUCGAACGCGCAUCGACUCCAUGUGCACUCGUGGUUACAAAAGGUUUCAGAGACUUGUUGAGAAUUGGAGAUCAAACGCGACCAAAAUUGUUCGAUCUCAAUAUCCGCAGGCCGGAAACGCUAUUCAAAGAGGUCAUUGAGAUUGAUGAGCGGGUCACUCUGCACGACUCUACUGAAGACAGCUCGACACUCCGGGACCCACACAGAGCCGACAUUGAACUCAAAACAGGCAUAGGAGGAGAGGCGGUCAAGAUACUCGAGCCUCUUGACGUGGAAGGUGCUCGGACAAGCCUCCAAUCCCUUUUUGACAAGGGUGUCAGGUCGCUAGCCGUGACCCUGUUGCAUUCUUAUACGUUCCCUGAUCAUGAGCUGGAGAUUGCGCGGCUGGCCGCCGAGAUCGGGUUCCCCCAGAUAUCCCUCUCAUCGCAAAUCUUCCCAAUGAUCAAGGCCAUCUCCAGAGGCUACUCCGCGACAGCUGAUGCAUACCUCACGCCGUUGACAAAGGCUUACGUCGAUGGCUUUCGCCAAGGCUUUGUUGGAAAUCUGGAAGAUGACACCGGGGCGAGGUGUGAGUUCAUGCAGAGCGAUGGAGGGCUCGUGAGCUGGCAGAACUUUAGUGGGUUGAAGGCCAUUCUAUCCGGCCCAGCAGGUGGUGUAGUAGGGAUGAGUCGGACAUGCUACGAUCCAGAGCGCAAAGUACCAGUCAUCGGUUUCGAUAUGGGUGGAACUUCGACAGAUGUUUCGAGGUAUGCCGGCACCUUGGAGCAUACAUUCGAGUCCAUCACUGCUGGAAUCACCAUCCAGUCGCCUCAGCUUGAAGUAGAUACCGUCGCAGCAGGCGGUGGAAGUAUUCUGUCCUAUAAAAACGGGCUUUUCUUGGCAGGUCCUGAAUCAGCCAGCGCCCACCCAGGUCCCGUGGCAUACAGAAAAGGGGGUCCUCUGACGGUGACGGACGCAAACUUGGUUCUUGGGCGACUGCAGGCCAAGUACUUCCCCAAGAUCUUCGGCAAGAACGAGAAUGAACCACUCGAUUCUGAUGGAUCUAGGGCCGCCUUUGCAGAGCUGCUAGAAAAGGUCAAUGCAGAUAUUGCAGAGGGCGGUGGUAAGCCAAAGACAAUUGAAGAUCUCGCUCUGGGAUUCCUUGAUGUCGCAAACGAGACCAUGUGUAGACCAAUCCGGUCACUUACUGAGGCCAAGGGUUAUCGGGCCUCGGACCAUGAGUUGGCUGUCUUCGGCGGUGCCGGAGGUCAACACGCAUGUGCCAUCGCCGAUAACCUGGGCAUUGAUCGCAUUCUCAUCCAUCGGUACUCCUCAAUCCUCUCUGCUUACGGCAUGGCAUUAGCAGAUCUUGUGCACGAUGUUCAGGAGCCCUGUUCGGCGGAUCUCGGCACAGGCCUCGAGAACCUCCAAGAUCGCCUGGCAAGUUUGGAAAAGGCGGCUUCCGAAAAGUUGAUCGAUGAUGGAGCGCCAAAAGGCUCCUUAAGUUUUGAGCGAUUCUUGAAUCUCCGGUACGCCGGAUCUGACACGACUUUCAUGAUCCCCCAGCCCGCAUCCGGUGCGUCAUGGGCCGAAGCUUUUGUAGCAGAACACAAGAGGCAAUUUUCAUUCAUCAUGCCUGGACGGGAGAUCCUCGCGGAGAACGUGCGAGUCAGGGCUACGGUCCGCAGUUCGGCCAUUGAACCCGAACUUGCUUUGGAUACACAGAUUGCCACCAGUUCGCCUGUGCUUGUCUCGAACGACAAGGCAUCUGAUCAAGUUAAUGUGUACUUUAGCUCUGGAUGGUCCAGUGCGCCCCUUUAUUUCCUCAAGUCGUUGACGCAGGGCGACAUGGUUCAGGGUCCUGUGAUAAUCUUGGACGAGACACAGACAAUCAUUGUGGCGCCCACCGCCAAGGCCAUCAUUCUUGAUCGGCACGUUGUGAUUGAACUUGUUCGCAGAUCCUCGGCGGAGGCCUCGGAAGAAAUAACGGAAGAGCAGAAGACAGUCGAUCCGGUUCAACUCACAGUCAUGGCCCACAGAUUUAUGAGCAUUGCUGAGCAAAUGGGCCACGCCCUGCAAAAGACUAGCGUCUCUGUCAAUAUCAAGGAACGCCUUGAUUUCAGCUGUGCUCUAUUUGGUCCCGACGGACGACUGGUCGCAAAUGCACCUCACGUACCUGUCCAUUUAGGAAGUAUGGAACAGGCCGUCAUGUAUCAGCAUAAGCAUUACGAGGGACAAUUGCGGCCUGGCGACGUGAUCGUAGCCAACCACCCUAUAUCCGGCGGGACGCAUUUGCCAGACAUUACUUGCAUCACUCCUGUAUUCGAUGAAUCUGGAAAAGAAAUCAUCUUCUACACUGCCUCAAGAGGUCAUCAUCAAGAAAUCGGCGGUAUACUUCCGGGUUCCAUGCCAGCUGGCAGUGUCGAGCUUUUUGAAGAGGGCGCCACUAUUGUGUCAGAGUUCUUGGUGCGCGACGGCAAAUUUGAUGAAGAAGGCGUUACUAAAUGGUUGCUACACGACCCAGCCCAGUUCCCAGGAUGCUCAGGAACGCGCAAGCUGUCGGAUAAUAUCAAUGACUUGAAGGCUCAAGUUUCUGCAAACGCAAAAGGCGCGGCGCUCCUUUCUGAGCUCAUUGCCGAACGUGGCCUGGCAGUCGUCCACUUCAACAUGCAUGCCAUCACCGCCAAUGCCGAGGCUUGCGUCAAAGAGUUCUUGGUGCGAACUUAUGCAGAGACCGGAGGCGUGCCAUUGACGGCAAUUGACUACAUGGAUGACGGUACUCCCAUCCAGCUGACCAUCACCAUUGAUCCCAAUACAGCUACUGCCCACUUUGACUGGACGGGUACCGGCGAGGAGGGCUACCACUCGUUCAAUGCGCCGCAGGCCAUUGCCCGCAGCGCCACUCUUUACGUGCUGAGAUGUCUGAUCAAUCAAGACAUUCCACUCAACGAGGGUUGUCUGAGACCCUUGAAGUUCACCAUCCCAGAGGGCAGUAUCCUCAACCCAUCACCGACGGCAGCUGUGUGCGCCGGGAAUCCCAUCACGUCACAGCGCGUAACCGACGUCGUCAUCAAAGCCUUUGCCGCCUGUGCUGCCAGCCAGGGUGACUGCAAUGUCUUUUCCUUUGGCAUCGACGGCGACCGUGAUCCAGCUACCGGUGAUAUGAUUCCCGGUUCCGGCUUCGGCUUCGGUGAAACCAUCUGUGGUGGCUCUGGAGCCGGUCCGGGGUGGCAUGGUACCAGUGGCGUGCACAUUCACAUGACCAAUACCCGGAUCACGGACCCGGAGAUCCUCGAGAAGAGAUACCCAGUCGUCCUUCGCGAGUUCGGCAUUCGCGAGGGCACCGGUGGCCGGGGCAAGUGGAAUGGUGGUAAUGGUAUAAGGCGGAUCUACGAGUUCCGCAGGGACGCCGGCGCCAGUGUCGUGAGUGAGAGGAGAGUUACUCGUCCGUAUGGCAUGUUUGGUGGAGAGGACGGCAAGUCGGGUGUCAACUAUCUCGUCAAGAAGGGCGAAGGGGGUAGGUGGUGCCGCCUCGGUGGUCGCAAAGACUUCAAGGUUGAAAAGGGAGAUUGGUUCGUCAUUGAUACGCCAGGUGGAGGAGCUUGGGGAUCGGUCGAGGAUGGCGAGACUGAAGUAGAAACUGCAAAGGUCAAUGGCGCAGAGAGAAGAUUUGUGAGCCAGUUCCAGUUAGCUCAGGAGGCAAGCAACUAG